UGGCCCUAUAAGAACCGAUCCACACGAAUUGAAGAACGGCAUCAUCACGGGACCAUACUACAGAGUCGUGGGUAGCGAAAGAACAUGUGGGUAUUUGGCUAAAUGAAAACUCCGUUCGAGAUGCAGUCUGUACCUCUCAAAUUCCAUCCCCAAAAAGCCCGCCUCCAGCGCCAAUUCCAUGCCAAGACAAGCAUCGAAAGAGAAGGAACGAGACCGUUGUGUCCGCCAGUCCCUCCAGAGAUGGACCCCCAUCUCGAUAAACAACCCCCUUCAGGGAAGCCAAUUCAAAAAAGAGAGGAAUGAACCUCGCCACCCACCCAAACCACCACAAUUUCAUAUCAGUCAUUAUACCCCCCUUCUCCAAGGUC